UUUAUCUUGACAGAUGAAGAACUCCUCAAACACUACUUCGAUUUAGGCUUCAGUUAUUCCGAAAUAUGGGCUUUCCUAGCCUUUGCUCACGGGAUUUAUUUCAGGUAACCGUAUGCAGAACUCCACCAUUGCACUAGUGACAGUUGUUACUGAGUACAUGGACAGGAUUUUCUAGUAAUAUUAAACUCUACAAUAUAAUUCCUUUCCUCCUUUUAGUAUGCGUCACAUAAGGCGAAGGCUUAACAGCAUGGGCCUAUAUAGAAGAAAACAUAAAAGUUCUGCAAGAGAAGUCAUUGCAGCCAUUUCGGUAAGCCACCCGCCUAGCCUACAUAUUUACAAGUCCGGGAGUAGCUUUGGGUAAUGGUUACGAGAUCUGAUUUAAGCUACAGUUAGUGGCACGGUUCUUUAAUUCGUAAUCUGUGCAUUCUGUUUGUAGGUAUUACAACUCAGCAUUGUAAAAUUAUGUUUGCCACAAAUUUUCCGUGUGGUGACCAGACUAACAAAAAAGAAUGUUCGCAGUAAUUUGUUUCCUCCAUCAUUAUCAUCAGAGUGAGUUAACAGGGUCUGCGAACUGCAUUGGGUACCGGCUGAUGCAUCAGAGGCUAAGAAAUGAUCAUCACCUUGUUGUAGACAGGUGAGGGUAAAUAGCUCCAGCUAGCUCCUAUCAAGCUAGUGAUGCUUUUAUGAUGAGUGUACCAUGCUUUUUGCUGGUCUUUUAGUUUCAGUCUUACCUUUGUGUUUCAUUUAUUUUGUUGCUUAAACCUUUUUUUCCUGUCGAUAGAGAAACUGUUCGAUUGGCUCUGACACCCAGAUGGCGUUGCAGGAAGGAAAAAACACCGGUUGAAACGACGGAAGUACUUCUCCCCGGUAACUUCAACCUCCUAUCUACUAGUUAACGGUCCAAAUUCUUAUGCGUGCUGUCAAAGAUAGGCAGAUAUAUGAAGGUGUUUACUUUUUAUUUCGGGGACCAAAUUUCCUUGGGCACAUAGAUGGCUAUGAUAAAUUAAAAGCAUACGGCUUUGCAAUUCAUGGAUGCAUUGAUGGGUAGGAACCUCAUAGAUUAAGUGCACUCAUGAUCAGUAUGCAUGGACAUUGCUCAGUUUGCUUGGAAUUUGAAUUAUCCCCAGUCCUUAUGUACCGUUAACCUUUUUUAUAGGUAUUCUAGACGGAUUAUGUGGUUGGAAGUCCGGAGCACUAACAACGAUGCUGCUGUAAUUGCUGAUCACUUUCUGGUUUGCGUCUGCUCAGCUGAAAGGUAGAAUUUGGCCGGUUUGAAGUCCGUUUCUCAAACCUUCCAGAGCCCUACACGUGUAAAUAAAGACCCUUGUCGUUAUUCUUUUAAUUUCAGGGACCGCAAGGAUUGUUCCUGCCGAUCCUGGAACCGAGAAUGUAAAAGUGGAAGUCUUACAAAAAAUUUUUUAG